ACUGGCUCAUAAUAAAUCAGCUGUUUCAUUUGUUUUUAUUUGCUGAUUAAAAUGUCACUGCUCUUUGAUAUUAAAUUAAAGAGAGAAAAUAAGGUUUACUAUGAAAAUGAUAUGCUGUUGGGCUGCGUGCAGUUUCAGUGCACGCAGGAAACGAAACAUGAAGGAAUUAUGUUAUACUUGGAAGGGAUAGUUAAUCUACAAUUAAGUGCAAAAACAGUGGGACUAUUUGAUGCUUUCUAUAACUCUGUGAAGCCCAUUAAUCUGCUGCAGAAUAGCUUGGAGUUAUCUGCCCCCGGAAAGCUGAGCGCCGGUCGUUCUGAGUUUCAUUUCGAGCUGCCUUUGGUGUGCAAAAAGGAACCGCGAAUUCUUUAUGAAACCUACCAUGGUGUCUUCAUCAAUGUUAAUUACCAACUCAAUUGCACUGUGAAGCGUAAUUUUCUGGGUAAAUCCAUGAACAGGGUCCAACAGUUCUGCGUGCAAUACAAACCAGUUCCAUUGGGCGAGGAUUCCAUGAAGGUGGUGCCCUUCAGUCUGAGUCCAGAUUCAUUACAAAAGAAUGCCAGUGCCAAGGAGAGAUUGUCCAUGCCGAGAUUCCUGAUCACAGGUCGACUGGAUCGUAGUGAAUCCUGUGUUACCACACCAAUUACCGGCAGCAUUACGGUUCAGCACACGGAGGCGGCCAUUAAGUCUAUUGAAUUGCAAUUGGUUCGCGUGGAGACCUGCGGUUGCGAUGAGGGAUAUUCCAAGGAUGCCACUGAAAUUCAGACCAUUCAAAUAGCCGAUGGUAAUGUGCUGCCGAAACUAGAGCUACCCAUCUAUAUGGUCCUGCCAAGGUUGUUCACCUGCCCCACGCUGCUCACCAAGAAUUUUAAAAUCGAGUUCGAACUAAAUCUGGUUGUGGUGUUCAAGGAGGACUACACGGUCAGUGAGAACUUCAAAAUAGUGUUAAAACGUUCGGCAGGUCCUUUGCCUAGCAAAAUAACAACCGCAGGACGUUGACUUAAUUAUCUAUCAUCUAUCAAAUAUGGCAGCUAUUUUAUGAAUAUACAAGAAACUCAAAAAUGUAAUAAACUAUUUUUUUUAGUUAAAUAAUUUCUAAGUUAUAUUCCAAACAUAUUAAAAAUAUAUAAUUUGUA